GUAGACCCCUCACAGGUACAUAUAAUUUAAUUAUAAAUUAUAUCACUGUUGUUUUCCUACUUUCCGUUUACAAAUCUGUAAGUGCAUGUCUCAUAAAGUAGUGCAACAGUAUAUUAUAGUAGGUAUUGAGAUCAAAAACAUAUUGCAAUGUAUUAAUAUGUCUAUGAUUGAGAUUAAAAGUAUGGAAGAGUAGUAUGGUACUUACAAUAUGAGAGUACGCCAGUUUAAACUAUGUUCGGUUAGGGCUAACAAAACAUUUACGAGAUAUCGUAGACUGUAGAGCCCGGUUCUCAGUUUCAUACGGCCAAACAUUUUAUAAAAUAUUCGACGAUGUGAUUAGGGUUGCCAACUUUAAAACUGUGUGUUGUAGGACAGUUUUUUUUUAUAUCUUAUGUUAUAUCAUAGGUCGUUUAAUAAAAAAUGUAAUGUCAGUAGAAUAAUAUUACUAGCCACUAGGUAUCUAUGACUUAUAUAAAAUAAUCUUCAGCAUUUUAUUUUUACCUUUUUUUUCUAAUCUUUAUUUACUCUUUAGUUAACAUUCUUACAAUUUAUUAGAUAUACAAAUUCAAUAUUUAGUAAAUAGAUAGUCAGGUAAGUGCAUAUUUAAAAUAUAUAUAAAUUACAAUGUUUACCUAUAAUGAAAUAUUACCUAAUUCUAUUAAUAUUUGAUUUUUCAUACAAUAAUUAUUAAAUCUUAAAUAUAAAUAAUAGAAUAGGAAAAUUUAACAAAUCUGUAACAAAUUCAGAUAGAUACUUAGUAUAUCAUAAUUAUUUAUUAUCUUGAAUUAUACUACAGUAGGUAGUGAUGAACGAUAACUUAAUACAAUCAAAAGAUAUAAGUAAUAGUGGACUAUUAAAAGGUAUUAUAUCAUAGAUCUUAAACUAUAACCUAAUAAAGUUUAUACCUAUAAUAACAUUUGAAAUGUAGGAUUGUCCUACAUAAAGUAUAAAACGUUGUUUGAUGUAGGAUAAUCAAAUAAAUGUAAGACUGUUGGUAACCCUAGAUGUGAACCGGGCUUAAAAGUUUUAUGGAAUAUCCAUAUCGAUACAUAUAAACAAUGUGUAUUGAUACACUUUGCUAUAAACCUUGGUAGGUACAUAAACAAGUAUAAACCGCCACGAUUGGCGCCGUCGCGCGCCGUGAACAUAGAAUAUAAUAUGAAGUAUUUACAUGUUUCUAGUCCAUGAAAAUAAUUUAUUCUUUUUGUUCCCGAUAUUUUUAUUGGUGGAAAUUUGAUCUCAAGAUUUAAUAAUCUGGUAUAAAUAUUGUUAUCACAACUGGGUUUUGUCCUCCAAAUUUGAAAUAUUCUUAUCAGUCGUUAUUUCCGUUUUUGUGCAUUGUAAAUCGUUUGUGCUCGUCCGAUUGGCCGAACAAGGCCACACACAACAUUUGGUCGGUUGACGGUCCUAGGAUGAUUUUUUUUUGCUUUUUUCGCAUUAACGUACACUUUGAGAUUUAGAUAAGACGUACUUAGGACACUACCAUAACCAUGUCAACGAAUGUGAUUUCCAACUCUGGUAAAGUGUUCAAUGACAACAUACAUGGACACAUUUUGCUUCAUCCACUGUGUGUGAAGAUUAUAGAUACUCCGGAAUUUCAAAGGUUGCGGUACAUUAAACAGCUUGGUACCACGUAUUUAGUUUACCCAUGUGCAAGCAUCAAUCGGUUCGAACAUAGUAUUGGGUAAGUUUUUAUGAUUUUUUUUUUUUUGUAUUAAUACAUAAAAUACUGUUAUUUUAAUAUUAACAUUCAAUGUAUAUUCUUGUUUAUAUUUUUUUUCUUUUUCAGUGUUUGUUAUUUAGCUGGCCAAAUGGUUGAUACUUUAUGUAGAAAUUCGGUUGAUAUUACUGUUACUCCUGAAGAAAAACUUUGUGUUGAAUUGGCAGGUCUUUGUCAUGAUCUUGGACAUGGCCCUUUGUCACAUACUUGGGAGAGAUAUCUGAAGACUUCUGGUUUCAGCUGGAAGGUAAAUAGCUAACAAUAUGAAAAUCAAUGUUAUAUUAAUUCUGUUUUAUAAGUUUAUACCUAGUACAUACUAGGUUACAGAUCUAUAAUAUAUAACUAUAUAUAUGUAUAUUUUUUUUUAUUGGUAAAGACCCGAAACAAUUUAAUAAUUUAUUAUUGUAUGCACCAAAACAAUUAUUUUACUGAUAUAAAUGCAUAAUGGCUUACCCUAAUUAUGUUAUGGUAUACUGUUUUUAUGCAAGUAUUGAUAUUGAAACUAUAAUAUUAACCUUUUACAGUAUUAUUAUAACGUAAAUUAUUAUUAAUUCUUUGUAUUAAUGUUUUAUUAGGUUUUUAUUGAUGUAUAUUAUUUCAGCAUGAAGAAUGUUCAAUUGAAAUGUUUAAGUAUAUAAUAGAAAAGUAUGACUUUGAAAAAGAGUUUAAGAAAUAUGGAUUAAAUGUGGAAUAUCAUGUUGAAUUGAUAUGUGAAUUUAUUAGCGGAGUAGGAAAUUUAUUAACAGACAAUCAUUUCUUAUAUCAAGUAAUAUAAAUUGUUCUUUAUUAGUUAAAUUUAUUGUUUUUUAAUUUAAUUUACUUAUGUUUUAGAUUGUAUCCAACAAAGACAAUGGCAUUGAUGUUGAUAAAUGGGAUUACUUUUUACGUGAUGGAAACUGUUUAAAUUUGAACAUCUCAUUUGAUUAUAAAAGACUGAUGCAGUUUUCUAGAAUUCUGGUCAACCCAAAAUCCAAUCCUCCGAAACAAGUUAUUGCGUUCAGGAAUAAAGAGGCAAGGAACAUAUAUGAUAUGUUUAGAGUGAGAACUGAUUUACAUCUGAGAGCUUAUCAACAUAAAACGGUCCAAAAUACAGAAUUAAUGUAAGUAAAUUUUCUAUUUAAUAAAAUGUCAAUGCAUACAUUUUGUUAUAUUUUUAUUGGGUACAUACAAUUAUUAUACAAAAUAGUUAUAAAUUUAAAAUAAAUAAUUGUAUAAUAAUUGUUCUUUACUGUUUUAGACUUAUUGAUGCACUAUUAAAAGCAGAAAAUUAUUUUACUAUACAAAGUUCAUCUGGUGAUAAGUAAGUUUUUACAAAAAUAAUUUAUUUUGUAUAUAAUUUUAUUAUAUUAUACAUAAUUUUUUUGAAAUAUAUUAAAGUAAUAUGAUACAAUAAAUGGUAAACAGCAUUAUAUUUCUGUAACAAUUCUUUGUAUAUGUUACCAUCACAGUUGACAACUGUAAUAUUACUCAACCAAAAUUAAACAGUACACUUUGUAAGCAAAUAUGAUUUAAUUUUUUUUUUUAGAUUAUAUUUGAAUGAAGCUCACACAAAUAUCGAAACAAUGUCUUAUUUGACUGACCACAUUUUGUGUGAUAUUCAAUUUAGUCAUGAUCCAAAUUUAGAAGAAGCAAAAAGUUUGUUAAAUAGAUUACUCACUAGAAAUUUAUAUGUAUCUAUUGGAUCGUACAAUUUAACAUUAGUGAGUAUAAUUUUUAAAUUUAUACUUAAUAUAACUACCUGUAUUUGUAUUAGUGGAUAAAGUUGAGAGGGAUGAGUCUUCCUUUUAUUUCAGGUAAAAUUAUCAUUCUCUUUUAGUUAAAGUCUCUGAAGUCCUAGGAGACAUUAAGUUAUGGUCAUAGAUAUUUAUAAUGGAAUUUUAUACACUAAAUUUUUUUUAAAAUAAAUUCUUUAAUACCUUUAGGUUACACGCAAUCAGGCUCUAUUUUUACAGAGUAGACAUAUAUAUAAGAUCAUGAUUGAGGGGAGUGCCGUUUAGUGGUGUAUAUAAAAAUUGAUUUGAGAUAGGGUUAUAAAAAAAACUUUGGUUUUAGUUAAUACAUAGAUUAAAUAAAUUCUUAAACACGCACGUGUGCCAUACAAACCAUACAUUUUGGGGAGGGAGUUUAACCCCCAAAACCCAACCCUGUGUACAUUACUGGUGCUGUUUAUUUUUAAACUCUUUUAGUAUAACAUUUUUAUGAUCAAAUGUGUGUAAUAGAAAAAUAUUUUAGAAGUCUGUGAUGAGUUUCCUAAAAGUUUGGUUAGGUUUAGUUAGGUCUCAGGAAUGCUCUUCAAUUUAUAUUUAUAAUAUAUUCAAAGUUCAACCACUGAUUUGUAUGGUUAUUGUAAUAUGAUUAUUGGCUAUACUCUAUACAUAUGUAUAAUAUAAAUACAUAGAUAAAAUAUAAUUUCAUAAAUAUCAAAAAAGUUUAUAACAUGUUAUUUUAGCAUCUUUAACAUAUUAUAUAAUAUAAUAUUUGGUGUAGAUUAAUAAAGAAACUUAUGAAAAACCGUUUGAUGUUGACAAGUUAAUAAAAAAAUUAAAGAAUGAACUUGAAAAACAAUUUGAAAUGGAAUUUGGCGUUUCAACCACUUGGCUUAACUGUGGUUCACCAUUAAAAAAUCCAUUAACAAAUGUACUGUUCUUCAAAAAACCAUUAAAUGACAGUGAAGACAUUAUAUUGGAUGAUACUCAGUAUCAAAAUUUAUAUCCUAUGAAUGAGUAAUACUUAAUUUUUACUUUUUAAAAAUAUUUUUAACACUGUUAACUGUUUUAUUAAUAAGUUAUGAAUAUUUUCAGAUUAGAAUUUUUCAAACGAGAAAUCAAUGUCUUUAGUAAAUUGCUUACAGUAAAUGAUAGUGUAUUAAAAGAAAUUAAUAGUGUUUGUUAUUCUUUUUUAAAAUAUUUCAGGCCAUAAUGUAAGUUCAUAUAAUUACUUGAAUAUUAGAUGCAUAAACUAUAAAUACUACAUAUUACAGCAAACUAAUAUUAUUAAUUUUAUAAUAAAUGUAUUACAUUAAUUAUAUACAAAAUAGUUAUAAUUAAUAAAUUGUUAAUAUUUUUCUUAUAAGGUUACAGUAAACUGGUUCGAGUGUGCAUUCAAUUAAAACCAAAUGACUGGACUAUUCAAUCUAUUCAAUCAGACUAUGAUCAAAUAUUAAUGAAUAACAAUUUAUUAAUUAAAGACACAUUCUUUUUCUUUACAAUACAUAUGUUUUUGUUUUACUUUUGUUGUUUUUUUUUUUUAAUUAUUUGUUUCAACUAAUUGUUUUGUAAUUGUGAAUCGGUGAUACUCUUUCUCAUGUAUACAAUCUAGUUCCAACUUACAAUCAUUUAAUUGAUCGGAUUAUAUUUAGUUUUUUUUUAUAAUUAUUUAUUUAUUUUUUGUAUAAUUUAAUUUUUACCAAAUUUGUGGUAAAUUAAAUCUAAACAUUUUGCAAUUUAUUUAUUUUUUGUUUAUAUUAAAAAUUAUUAACACUGAAAAGAUAAUUGUUGAAUCUAAUUUCAUGUAUUUAGAAAGUAAGCAAAGAAAAAUCCUUUGUCCAUAUUAAAUUUUUUUAACAAAAGAAAAAAUAUAUGAGUGUGCCACCGUUGUAAAUUGAUAGUUAAGAUAGAAUACAUAGUUAUAUAAUUUAUAUCUGUAUGCAACGGAUAAAUCACUUCUAACAAAUUUCUUUUAAUAAAGUGCAUUUCUAAGCGUUUUGAAAUACCAUGAUUUUUGUCCAAAUUUUACGUUAAAAUGUUUAUAAAACAAAAUUGAGUACAUUAAAUUCAACAUUUUUUCACCUGUAAGUAUAACUUAUUAUAAAUUUUGUGUAUAAUUUUCAAACAAUUUAUCUAUAAAAAUUCAUUAAUCCACAUAAAACUAAAUAAAAGGUAAAAAAACUUAAAAUCGCUAAAAUAUUUUGAAAGUUAUACUAUGUUUAGGAAAUAUAAGUAUUCUGUGACAAUUUUAGAAUUACUUGAUAAACAACAAAAAUCCAA